CUCAGGCCACGCGCCCUCUCUACUUUCGAUUUCUACUUCCUCAUCUGAGGGCAUGUUUUUGAAAGGACCUGCGAGGGAUCAUCAAAGUUCGCGUGCGCGAUAAAAAAACAAUGUAUAUAGGAAAGUAGUGUACAAUCGCUUAGAGUAGACUACUUCGAGUAUGUUGAAGCGGACAACAAAUCUCCUGUUCAGUCAGACCUGCUGAAAACUCGUCUUCAAACAGCACACAAAAUGGAUUUCCAGAAGCAGCUAUUAGCUGUAGGGAAGGCCCUGCGUAAGGACGAGGUAAAGGCUUUAGCAUUUCUUUGCACUGACCUCCUGGGCCGAAACCCGAACUCAGUGGAGUCGACCAGUGACCUCUUCUCUCGUCUGUCGGAUCAAGACCACCUCUCUGCUGAGAGACCACACCUGCUGACUGAGCUUCUCCUCAUCAUCCAACGUACCCGUCUGGUCCGUGACCUCCAGCUCAGUGACCAAGUAUCUACAAACAGGAGCCUCAUCUCUCCUUACAGGAAGCUACUCUACAACCUGUCUGAGGAGAUUACUGAUGAUGACUUGAGAGAUGUGAAGUUCUUGUUAGUCACAAAGCUUCCACGUCGAAAACUGGAGAAAAAUGUCACUACACUGGAGGUCUUCCUGGCCAUGGAGCACAUGGACCUCAUCAGCGACACUGAUCUAAACUUACUGGAGAACAUAAUUCAGCAAGUCUGUCCCAUGUUGAAAGAAAAGAUCAACCAGUUUAAAACACGGCAGGUACGUCACACUGGCCCUAUAACUCAAGAAACCGGUCGAUCAAGGUCUCUCUCUUACCCUUUGGAACCAAACCAGUUCUGUCAACCUUCAGAUCGUGAGAGGACUCUCUCAUGUGAAAUACCAGAAUUACGAUCAUUGGCCGAGUGUACCAUGAAUUCUUCCAACACCUCUGUGGAUUUUCCAAAUGGGUUACAUGGUGGAGAUGAAUGUCAGGCCCUGUCACUUGGACUGAGUGGUUUAAGCAUUGAAACAAGCAUCUGUACCUCCUCGAAAGUGAGUAGUGAUGCAAUGAAACUGUCGCCGUCUCAAGAAAUCGAGACCUCCUCUGAAAAGCAGACGUCUCAGACUACAAACACAGACACUGAGGUCUUGGGAACAUACCCCAUGACUGCAGCAAAGAGAGGUAUCUGCUUGAUAGUAAACAACUGCGACUUCACUAAUUCCAAACAAGGCCUCCAGGAGCGGAAGGGGACCAUGGUUGAUGAAGACUGUCUGCACAAAGUGUUUAAGUGGCUUGGCUUUGAGAUAGCGAUAGAGAGGAACUGUAAGAGGGAGAAGAUGCUGUCGGUGUUGCGGGAGCUCGGCAGCAGAGACCACAGUCAGAUGGACUGCCUGGUAUGCUGCGUUCUCAGCCACGGCCAGGAGGGAAGCGUGUUUGGUGUGGACGGCCACACCGUCCAGCUUAAGGAGCUGACGGAACCUGUCAAUGGAUUAAAUUGCUCCUCUUUGGCAGAAAAGCCCAAGCUGUUUUUCAUCCAGGCCUGCCAGGGCACCAGCGAGCAGAAGGCUGUCUACAUCGAGACUGAUGGCCAUGAACGCAGUGACGUUUGCAGCGAUGCUAUUAAAGCUAAAGACUCCAUCCCAUCUGAUGCAGAUUUCCUGAUGGGAAUGUCAACCAUUCCUUCUUUCGUCUCUUUCAGAGAGAGGAAAAAUGGCACAUGGUUUAUUCAGUCAUUGUGCCAAAACCUUGUUGAGAUGGUGCCCAGCGGUUGUGAUCUUGUCUCUAUCCUGACAAAAGUGAAUGCAGAUGUUAGCCAGAAGACUGAUUCCACCGGUGUAAAAAAGCAGAUGCCUCAACCGGCCUUCUCACUCAGGAAGAAAGUGGUCUUUCCGAUACCCGAAGCCCCUCCUCCCAGCCUGUCACGCUGACGACAGUAAUCUGCUGCCUGUGUGAUCGACUCACACAUCAGAUGAUCCCUGAGACACAAGUGUUUUUGUCUUCUAUUCACUGUUUACAAUUUUAAGUCUGUUGAGUAGAGUUUUUAACUAUAUUUUCAUAACAACAACUGUACCAGCUCCAUUUACUGGUGAAGACCAUGAGAUGUGGUUAAAAGCUCAGAAAACACUUGUACGUGGACCAUCAGUUGAGAUGAUUUUGUCUAAAAAAAUUAUUCUUUCUGUUUUAUUUUACAUGUACUUUUAGACAUGGAUAUUGGGCAGAUGCUGUUAGCCCAAUAUUCCUGGUACGACUGCCAUACAUUCUCCCAAAUGUAAUAUGGCUGUAUACAUACAGUUGUCACACAUCAGAAAUCCAUGAAAUAUUUGAAUCACUUCUAGCACAGCAAUUUUCCCUAAAUGAAACGUUUUGAAUGAAAUGAAAAUGUUUUUAUAUUUUUGUGAAAUUAUUUUGUAAUUUGGACCUCUAUUUAUUCUGUUUGUUUAUAUGCAUGUCUGCAUGUAACCUCACCCUUUAUUCCAGUGCAACUUAUAAUAUAACUUACCUUAAUAACUUUCCGUAAUACCACAAAUUUGCAUCAAAGUUCAAAAUGUGUAUCUACCAAAUUGUGCUGAAAAAAUUAGUUGAUUAACUGAGUAGUCAAUCAGCAGAAAAUUACUCUCCAGCAAUCAAAUAAAAAUGCCAAAUAUUUGCUGUUUUCAGCCUCUCAAAUGUGAAGCUUUCCUGCUGUUCUUUGUUUUAUGUCACUGUAAAUUCAAUAGGCCUUUUUCACAGAGGACAUUUUGACAUGUAACAGUAGGAAAAGCACAGCUGUAAAUAAUAAAAUUUAUGAUGACUGAAUUCCAUUUAGCUGUAUUGUGCACGCCGGCUCACUGUCACACAUAGUUUUUCUGGGACACUUGAAUAAAACAGAGCCAUUUUUAAUAUUAUUAGUAAAACCUGUGCUUUUCCUGCUAUGAUAAGUCAAAAUAUCUGCUGUGAAAAAGACUUAUAUCUUUGGGUUUUGGACUGCUGAUUGAAUAAAACAAGCAAUCUGAUGGUGUCACCUUGAACUCUGAGAACUUUUGAUGGGCAUUUUUACAAUUUUCUAACAUUUUAUACACAAAAUGAUUUAUUUUUACUGUAUUUUUUAAAAAUAGAACACAAGAUAUUAACCCAAAGAGUACACACAGAAAACAAGCUCCCUCCCUAUUUCCUCACGAGGUAAGGGCUGCAUGGUGCCUACAGUAUAUGUAUAUACAAACAUACACCUGACACAUACACAGAGGUGUACAUAUAUACAUACACACAUUUCAUAAAAGGUGUAUACUCAACAAAAGUUAAACUAACGCAACUUUAAACCAAAUUUUAACAUUUCCUUUUAUCUAUGUUUUCUGGCUGCCCCUUGUUGUGAAUAAAUUAAAUCCAACCAUGAAAGUAACCAGUAUCUUUGAGAUUACAUAUGUUCAAAGAGUUUCCCCUCGGGUAUCAAUAAAGUAUUUCUGAUUCUGA